CAGAGUUGGCGGCCCCAGGGUGCGGGCGACAUGGUGCAUGGCAGGAUCUCUCGGCUCUCGGUCCGCGACGUGCGCUUCCCCACGUCGCUCGGGGGCCAGGGCUCGGACGCUAUGCACACAGACCCUGACUACUCAGCUGCCUACGUUGUCUUGGAGACGGAUGCGGAAGAUGGACUCAAGGGCUACGGAAUCACCUUCACUCUGGGGAAGGGCGCUGAAGUUGUUGUCUGUGCUGUGAGUGCCCUGGGCCCCCACCUGCUUAACAAGGACCUCGGGGACAUUGUUGGUGAUUUCAGAGGCUUCUACAGACAGCUCACGAGUGACGGGCAGCUCAGAUGGAUCAGUCCCGAGAAGGGUGUGGUGCAUCUGGCCACGGCGGCCAUUCUCAAUGCCGUGUGGGACCUGUGGGCCAAGCAGGAGGGAGAGCCUCUGUGGAAGUUACUUGUUAACAUGGACCCCAGGAAGCUGGUAUCCUGCCUAGAUUUUAGGUACAUCACCGACGUCCUGACAGAGGAGGAAGCCUAUGAAAUCCUGCAGAAAGGUCAAGUUGGGAAAAAAGAGCGAGAAGAGCAAAUGCUGGCGCACGGCUACCCCGCCUACACCACGUCAUGCGCCUGGCUGGGCUACUCGGACGCCACGCUGAAGCAGCUCUGCAGCGAGGCGCUGGAGGAUGGCUGGACCAGGUUUAAGGUAAAAGUUGGUGCUGAUCUCCAGGAUGACAUCCAUAGAUGCCGACUCAUCAGAAACAUGAUUGGCCCUGAGAAGACGCUGAUGAUGGAUGCCAACCAGCACUGGGAUGUGCCCGAGGCCGUGGAGUGGAUGGCGAAGCUGGCAGAGUUCAAGCCCCUAUGGAUUGAGGAGCCCACCUCCCCUGAUGACAUUCUGGGGCAUGCCACCAUUUCCAAGGCACUGGUCCCCCCGGGGAUUGGCGUUGCCACCGGAGAACAGUGCCACAACACAGUGAUAUUUAAGCAACUCCUACAGGCAAAAGCCCUGCAGUUUCUCCAGAUCGACAGCUGCAGGCUGGGGAGUGUCAACGAGAACCUCUCAGUGCUGCUGAUGGCCAAAAAGUUCGACAUUCCUGUGUGCCCGCAUGCUGGUGGACUUGGCCUCUGUGAACUGGCGCAGCACCUGAUUAUAUUUAACUUCAUAUCAGUCUCUGCAAGCCUCAAAGACAGGAUAUGUGACUACGUCGACCACCUGCACGAGCACUUCAAGUACCCGGUGAUAAUCAAGAAGGCUUCCUACAUGCCUCCUAAGGAUGCUGGUUAUUCAACAGAAAUGAAGGAGGAAUCUGUAAAGAAACACCAGUAUCCAGGUGGUGAAGUUUGGGAGAAGCUCCUUGCUGCUCAAGGGAAUUAGAGCUGAAUGCUUAACAGCUUUUGCUUUAAGUGAAAAGGCUUAAAAUUUCUUGGGUAUGGUUUUACAAAAAUAGAA